AAGAAGAAGCAGAAGAAGAAGAAGAAGAAGAAGAAGAAGAAAGAGGGAAAUUCAAAGGAGAAGCUUAUUAUUUUCAUCCUAAAAUCCUAGGACAUUAAAAACGUUGGCGUCGUCCUCACAGAGAGACAGGCUGGUCUUUGUUGUUUAGGAGGGGAUCUGGUCCUCCUGAGGAUCGUUUCUAAAUGGACUAAAUCAGGAUGAAUUCUGCCUCCGUCCUCUCCUCCCCACACCCUCCUCCCCCUGCGCCCCUCCCUCUCACCUCCUACUCCCCCUCUUUGACUGGAUGUCCUGAACUCGACCUGUCCGUCACACUCAGCCCUGCUCCCAAGACCAGUCACACGCACCUGAAGCUCCGCCCACUGAAGACAAGUCAGCAAACUGACCAAUCGCAGCUGAAGCUUGGCCUCCAAGGACAGAAUGGAAGAAAGAGGAACAUACAGGUGUGUUCUGAAGACAGGAUGGUUGUCAGAGUAACAUCAGAGAAGAGCAGAGAUGCCCCGCCACAGCAGGCAAUCAGAGGUCAAAGGAGGAACAGAGGAUGUCACCAUGCCCCCACACAGCAGGCGGAACCUCCUGCUGCAGUAUCCAAUCAAGAUCCAAGCUGUCUGGAGAGGGCAGAGCUAAACACCACUUUGGCUCUGAAGGCCGAGCUUCAGUCACUGCAGGGGGCAGAGUUUAACUCCCAGAAGGCUGUUCUUGAGACAUUACUGAAGUCAGAGAGGACCAAAAACCUGAUCAACACCAGAGCUACUGAAGAGGUGAAUGUCUCUCGCUCUCAGCUUCUCUUCAGCUCAUUGGUCUGUGUCGAUGUGCAGGAAGAUCAGUUAAUCAGCCAAAUGCUGCAGCAUAGGCUGCUGCUGCCGCCCCCCCUUCCAGGUCAUGGUGCCAAGGCAGCAGAUGGGCCCUCCCUUCAGUUCUUCAUGACCUCUGACCACCUCAGACAGAAGCCCGUCCCACCAGAGGAGGAGCUUGUCAACCACAAGCCUUGCCCAUCGCCACGUCCCGCCUACUCCACCUUUGACCUCUACAGAAGAGGGAGAUGCUGAGAGGUCACAUCCUGACAUAAUAGAGAGAUCUGAUUAGCUGGAGGGUCUAAGGCUCUUAUUGGUCAGACCGUGUGUGAUGUCACUGAAUGAUAAAAAUUAUCUAUUUUUUAAACUAUUUAUAUGAACUGAAAUUUAAUUCCUGUAAAGAGCUACGUUUAUUUUUCUUCCAAUAAAGUCUUUGUUCA